UUUGCCGGAAACCCGCUUUGCAUCGAAACUUGGGCCGAUAAUCUAUCAUACAUUUACGGGCACAGCCUAUCUUCGACUGGUGAUCUCGCCUGAAAGUCGUGUGCUGCAGCAGCGAUCGCCGCCGCCAUUCCUCGGAAAGCGUCAGCAAAUUAUGGGAAACCUAAAUCGUUCUCUUGCUCUAUCUGCGUUUCUGCUUCUACUUCUCGUUUCGCCGACUCAACCCGAAGUUAUUACCCUAACCCCUGAGACCUUCUCCGACAAGGUGAAGGAGAAAGACACUGCGUGGUUUGUCAAGUUUUGUGUUCCUUGGUGCAAACAUUGCAAGAAUCUGGGCACACUAUGGGAAGACUUAGGGAAGGCAAUGGAAGGCCAAGAUGAGAUAGAGGUUGGCGAAGUUGAUUGUGGAGCAAGUAAAUCAGUGUGCUCGAAAGUGGACAUCCACUCAUACCCAACAUUUAAGGUCUUCUAUGAAGGAGAAGAAGUUGCUAAAUACCAAGGGAAAAGGGAUGUAGAUUCGCUCAAAGCGUUUGUUUUGGAAGAAGCAGAGAAGGCUGAGAAGGCUGCAGCGGAAAAAGAGAAUGACAGUGACAUUGACAAAGAGUUGUAAUUUUCCCGGAAGAGUGUGGUAGAGGCCUUAUUACUCACCAGUCGUCACCCAUUGGACAGGGUGGUCCAGUGUAACUUCUUGCACUACCAGAAAUUAUAGAAUUGAUAGGAGUUUUUUGGCCGAAAUCUCAGAGCAGGGUUGAAACUUGAAACACAAGGAGAGCAAAAUCUUUCAGCUUUGCUUGCAUCAUAUUGGAUCCUAAGUAUCUCCCUGUUAGCCAUUCUACAUUCGUUCGAAUGGUACAUCCAGUUUUCCAGGGGGGAAGUCAAUCAGUACUAUCUACUACUCGAUCAUACACAACCUAGCUCUUGAACUCUGAAUCCUUCUAACAGUGGCUAUUGCAAUCAUAUCGUCAGCAGACAAGCAAAGCUCAUACUAGAUGGUGGCAAAUCACUGCUGUGCUUUUUCAGAGUACAAUGCAGAUUGGAAGGGUCACUGGGUCAGUUCGGUCGAUUUCCUUGGUUAAAGAAAGCAUUGCCAGUUAGGCAGUUACGAUGUAUGAGUAUGACAAUGCAACCAAAGUAACUGCUGUAAAGGUCGUACUGAUACGCACGGGAGAUUUUCAAAACACGAAAAUUUCUAGCCCGGAUAUGAACUAUUCGUUGCAAAAAAAGGGCAAAACUGUUGAGCCACUCGCUCUCAAGGGCAGAUCGAGAGAGCACCUCUGACAGGGAAAUUGAAAAACAUUACUAAACAAACAGCCACUACAUCCUACUACAGCCACACCAUGUUCCAAGAAUAAAUUCUAACAAAGGGCACCCAGCAUAAAAACCCAACGACAAUGUCCACUUUGACAAAAGUAAAUAAAACCCUGCCUCACUUCUUCUUGGCGGCAGCCUUGGUGACCUUCGCACCAGUAGGAUCCUUCUUCUCCACGGCCUUUAUGACACCCACCGCAACAGUCUGCCUCAUGUCCCUCACGGCAAAUCUACCGAGAGGUGGGUACUCGGAGAAGGUCUCCACCACCAUAGGCUUGGUCGGAAUCAUCUUCACGAACCCAGCAUCACCAUUCUUCAAGAACUUGGGCUCCUUCUCAAUCUCCUUGCCAGAUCGCCUGUCAAUCUUGGUUGUGAUCUCAGAGAACUUCACAGCAAUAUGGGAAGUGUGGCAGUCAAGCACUGGGGCAUAACCGUUCCCAAUCUGGCCAGGGUGGUUCAUGAUGAUGACCUGGGAGGUGAAGUUAGCAGCCUCCUUUGCAGGGUCAUCCUUGGAGUUCGAGGCAACAAACCCACGCUUGAGAUCCUUGACAGCAACAUUCUUCACGUUGAACCCAACAUUGUCACCAGGGAGAGCCUCCUGGAGAGCUUCAUGGUGCAUCUCAACUGACUUCACCUCAGUUGUCAGUCCAGUGGGACCAAAGGUAACAACCAUACCAGGCUUGAUGACACCUGUUUCCACACGGCCCACUGGCACAGUUCCAAUACCACCAAUCUUGUACACAUCCUGAAGUGGGAGACGGAGGGGCUUGUCCGAGGGCCUCUUGGGCUCAUUGAUGUUGUCAAGAGCAUCGAGAAGGGUUGGGCCCUUGUACCAGUCCAGAUUGGUUGACCUCUCAAUCAUGUUGUCUCCCUCAAAUCCAGAGAUGGGAACGAACGGGACCUUGUCUGGGUUGUAACCAACCUUCUUCAAGUAGGAUGAAACUUCCUUCACAAUUUCAUCAUACCUAGCCUUGGAGUACUUGGGGGUGGUGGCAUCCAUCUGUUGUACCAGCAGAUCAUCUGCUUGACACCAAGGGUGAAAGCAAGGAGAGCAUGCUCACGGGUCUGACCAUCCUUGGAAAUACCAGCCUCAAAACCACCAGUGGUAGAGUCAAUGAUGAGGACAGCACAAUCAGCCUGGGAGGUACCAGUAAUCAUGUUCUUGAUGAAAUCACGAUGUCCAGGGGCAUCAAUGACUGUGCAGUAGUACUUGGUUGUCUCGAACUUCCACAGGGCAAUAUCAAUGGUGAUACCACGCUCACGCUCGGCCUUCAGCUUGUCAAGCACCCAGGCGUACUUGAAUGAUCUCUUGUUCAUCUCAGCAGCUUCCUUCUCGAACCUCUCAAUCACACGCUUGUCAAUACCUCCAAGCUUGUAGAUCAAGUGGCCGGUGGUGGUUGACUUCCCAGAGUCGACAUGGCCAAUGACCACAAUGUUGAUGUGAACCUUUUCUUUACCCAUUCUGAACUUAAGAACAACUGCAGGAAGAAUGCAACUUAACAUCAGCACAAAA